UGAUAAAAUGAUCAAUGUGACCACAUCUAAGGUUGACACAGUAGGUUGCAGAAAUAAAUAGAACCCACAAAACUACAGCACAAAGCACCAAAAAGUGUAACAAUGCAAAUAACACCAAAGAUAAUACAAGCUAUGCUCCUUUUCCCAAUUAUAAGUGGAAGUCUUCUCAACAAUGACCUGUUGCCAAAAUGGAUUAAAAAGGAGGUGAAGAAAGCAAAAACAAGAGAUAUACCAAUGAUAGAUCAGGAUUGUAAGACAAUGGGCAGGCCAUAUGCUGCAUAUCAAGUUAAUAAAACGCUUAUACACAGAUGCAUGUACUUUGAAUGCUACAAUCGAGAGUACACUCUGAAGUCCUGUCCUGACGGGCUAGGUGUAUCGAGAAGGAUCGUUAAGAAAGGCUACUCCAACUCAUAUCCAUGCACAAGAACUGUGAGAAAAUGUCGGCAUACCUUGUUAGAGAAAGGAGUAGAGAAUAUAAGAGUGAGUGGGUGUGGUCCUGAUAUAAUUUGGGUGAUUGAUGUUUCUUGUUCUAUAACGGAAGUAAAUAAGAUGAAAGUAAAGAACUUUGUGUCAGCAGUUACCAGACGGAUACCAGCAUUUCCACCUUUUGCACAGUUUGGUGCCUUGACAUUUGCAAGUUCGGUGUAUGACACUUUGUUCAUGAACACUUACAAUAACCAAAAAAAUGUCAUGAAUGCACUGAGACAUAUGAAGACAAAGAUACCAAAGAAAGAAUGUGGCACAGCAACAUGGCUGGCUCUACAGAGUGCUAGAGAAUCACAGCUCUCAGAGAAAAAUGGAAAUCGACCAGAUCGAGCAGAUAUUGUUGUUGUGAUGACAGAUGGGAGGACAAAUCCACCAGAGGAAUGGAUGAAGACAGUUGAACAAGCUAGAUUGCUUCAUAAGGUCACAGAUAAAGUGAUCCUUAUAGAACUUCCCAAUGCUUCUCUUCAUCAAGGAUCACUGAAACAGCAACAGGAGAGAAAACGACUGGCAGAACGUGAAUUUUCUGAAAUACCAACCGAUAAGACAAAAGAUAGAUAUUCUUUGAGCACAUUUGAUGAUCUUGAAACGCUGAUAGAAGACUUGGUCAACCUUUCAUGUUUCCAGCUUUGAAGAUUUUAAUUGUAAAA